AUGGAAGUGUCUGUUCCUGGUAAUACAUCACAUUACCUGGAUAGUAGCUGUGGGUCUUUAACAGCCUAUCCACACGAUCUAAUCCAUAACGACUCGGAAAAUCUAUCUAUGUGUGACCUCAAAACGUGUUUGGCCGAGCUUUCGAACAUUGACGAGACCAGAAUAUCAACCAGUGGCUGUCAUCUUUCUCCUGAAAAGAAUUGUAUCCGAGAUGUGGGAAGAGAAUCUGAUAGCGAAGACUUGGGCAAGAGUGUCUUUGGCAGUUUGUCAGCUGGAAAAUGCUUAAGCAAAUGCGCCUCAUUUCCGCCUGUCCAUGAACCUAAAUCUACUGGAGAUGUUACAGUGGGUGAGAAAGGAAAGCACGAGGGAGAUACAACUGUUGAAGCAUCUGAUGGAAACUGCUCUGCAAAACCUGCAUGCUAUGCACGAUCCACAUCCUUGCCUGUACCUCUGAAGCUCAUAUCUUCUCUAAAAGGAAGCCGUGAAAAACGAGAGGGUACAUCACCCAAGAAUCUAUCCGUAACGUGGGCUCCCGACGUGUAUGAUCCAAUCCCUACUUCAGUCUCACACGUCCCGACCGACAAGAACCAAAGUUACCGCAACAGUAGCAAAAAGUCGGGAAAGUACAAGCAGAGAAGCAGCGGCAAAUCCUCACGAGGCGGCAAGAGCAAGGACAAGAAGCAGGCCCGGAAGAGUUUUUCUGGAAGCACCAGCAAAAGUAGUAGUAAUGGUAAGCUGAAGCAGCCUUUUCAUAUGGGGGGUGGAGUUGUUUUGGGCAAGGCCCGGUUGGCAGGUUUGGAUUAUAAUGUCGGGGGCCCGGACCCCUUUUGUGGGAGUAGUUUUUCUGAAGGAGUCGGUCACCAAGUUGCAUUUUCCUGUUGCUGA